AUGUCGACUGAAAAGCCAUACUGUGGAAUGACGAUGCCAAAAAUCGGUGAAUAUUACAAAGAUAAUAUAUACAGUUAUCUCAGCACGCCGUUAUGUUUAAUAGGCAUAAUUUUAAAUCUACUCAAUAUACUGAUAUUCACGAGGAAAACAAUGAUCUCACCAGCCCACCUGAUAUUCGCUCAUUUAGCCUUUGCGGAUUUUCUAGUGUUAUUGGCUCGUAUCCCAUACACAUGGCUAAUGCAACUUCAACUCGAAGAUCGUCUAAACAUAACGCAGCAUUAUGGAAGGAUUGUAUUCUAUUUGGGCUGCGAUACUUUCAUCGUCACGUAUCAGACUAUAUCAAAAUUCCUCACGGUACAGUUGGCUGUAUGGAGAUACAUAGCAGUGGUUCAUCCGUUCAAGGAACGUCAAUGGUGUACCAUGGAAAUCACCCGAAGAGUGAUGUUCGCUGGUUAUAUCAUAUGGGGUGUUUUGUUUCCUGUACCGUAUUAUUUGUCGACUGAUGUUCAAACGAUCAAUCCAAAUCAUGAAAAUUAUGAAAAAAUACUAACAGCCAUACAACAUCCAAUUAUUUCCCUAGUGGUGAACAUCGUCUUAGGACUGAUUAUCAGAAUAUUGCCUUCGAUCGUACUGGCAGGGUUGACUUUCAAAAUCGUAGUUACCUUAUUAGCUAGAAAAAAAUAUCAAGAACAAUUCACCGCAUGUGCAAGGAAUCCGCAACACUCCAACAGGUCAACGUUUAUAUUGGUUGCAGUUGUAGUGUUGUUUUUCAUAGCCGAGUUUCCAAAAGGAGUGCUAAGUUUACUGCGAGUUAUUUGUGAUAACGAGUUCAACGAAUUUUAUAAACCUUGUUAUGCUUCAUUGAUCCCAAUUUUCAACACGAUUACUAAUCUGAAUUUAUCCAUCACAUUUUUCGUGUAUUACAUUCUGAGUGAAAAUUUCAGAAUCACACUGAAAUCUUUAUUCAGUUGUAAUGCUCAUGAAUCUCAUCAAGAGCUUACUCCCCUUUCUUAA